AGCGCAGUUCCUGACUUUACAGAGCAGCAGAGAUGAACCAGCAAAGAGUCACCUAUGCAGAGAUGAAGCAGGCAGGGAUCUCAAAAAAACCGCAAGUGAAACCUAAAGAGAGUAAAAGCUCCACUACUGGAACAGAGCAGGGAGUAACCUAUGCAGAAUCAAGUCUGCACAAUGCUGCUCGGGAUCCUCAGGAGAAUGGCAAGUCCUGUCACCUCCAAGGCUUAGCUGCACCUCCAGAGAAGUUCAUUGCUGGGAUCUUCGGACUCAAGUGCCUUGUGUUGAUAUUCAUUAUUGUGCCAGUGUGGCUUUAUACCCCUCCUACUGAAAAUCCACACAAGAAUGAUUCCUCCACAACAACAAACAUCCAGAAAGCAUGUCAUUGUGGCCCUUGUCCAAAGGGGUGGAUUACGUACUCCAACAACUGCUAUUACUUUAGCGCUGAAAAAAAAACCUGGAAGGAGAGCGUGACAGCCUGUCAGAGUAACAACUCUCAGCUGCUCUACAUAGACACUGAGGAUGAAAUGAAAUUUAUGAAAUCCAUAGCAGUUUCAUCAUGGAUUGGAAUCUACCGUAACAGCAGCAAUCAUGAAUGGAUGUUUUUAAAUGGGUCAACUACCCACCUAGAGAUAGGAGAAACAUCAUCUGCUAACAAUAGCUGUGUUGUGCUACAAUCUAAAUAUUAUGCAGAAGAUUGUGAAGAUCCAGAUAUGUAUUAUUGCAAGCAGAAGCUUUAA